AUGCCUUCCAACAGAGCAGCAUGGCAGACCGCACCAAACGUCAACACUCUGGAGGUCAAGUCCGCACCAUACACAUCCCCACGUGAGGAUGAGAUCGUCAUCAAGAACGGCGCAGUGGCCAUCAACCCAGUUGACUGGAUCAUACAGGAAAGGGGCAAGAUGAUGUUCACCUGGCUCAAGUACCCAUUCAUCCUCGGCUUGGACGUCGCCGGCGAGGUCGUCGAGAUCGGCCCCGGCGUCACUCGCUUCAAAGUAGGCGAUCGCGUCGUCGGCCACGCCAACGGAUCGGAUCAGCAGUGCAACAGCCCGGCCCACGGCGCUUUUCAGACAUACACCGUCCUCACCAUCAACGGGACAUCGCCGAUUCCCAGCGACCUAUCUUACGAAAGCGCCGCUGUCCUUCCCUUGGGCGUGUCCACGGCAGCCUGCGGUUUAUUCCAGAAAGACCAGCUGGGACUCCAACACCCAUCCGCCACCCCAAAGCCGACCAGCAAGACCCUGCUCGUCUGGGGCGGCUCCACGAGCGUCGGCUGCAACGCCAUCCAACUCGCCGUCGCGGCCGGCUACGAAGUCAUCACCACCUGCUCCCCGAAGAACUUCGACUACGUCAAAAAGCUCGGCGCGAGCCAGGCCUUCGACUACAACAGCCCGACCGUCGUCGCCGACCUGAUCCGCGCCUUCGAAGGCAAAUCGACCGCCGGCGCCCUCUCCAUCGGUCACCGCGCCGCCGAGAACUGCCUGGACAUCCUCCCCAAGUGCAACGGCGACAAAUUCAUCUCCAUGGCCACGUACCCCCUGCCGCAGCCACCCCCGAAAAGAUUCGUCGUCCUCACCAUCAUGGUUUCCUACCUCUCCGGCUUGGCGAACAUCUGGGUCAAGUCCAAAACUCGAGGCAUACGGUACAACUUCAUCUUCGGCUCCACGCUCCUCUACAACGAAGUCGGCAAGGCCGUUUACGUGGAUUUCCUCCCGCAGGCCUUGGCAGACGGCAAGUAUGUCGCCGCUCCCGAUCCGCAGGUCGUGGGGAAGGGGCUCGAGCACAUCCAAGCCGCGUUUGACCUUCAGAGGAAGGGGGUGUCCGCCAAGAAGGUGGUUGUCUCUCUGUAA